AUGGGAGAUGUUGUUAUUGCUAAUAUUCCUAAGAUGCAGACUGCAACGUUUGUUACUUCUGAUCCAAGGAACUUCUUGAUAGUGGGUUCAAUUUCUCAAGCCAUGUUAUCUCGGGUUCUUGUUGAUCGUCCUAUCAUUGUUGAAUAUUUGAAGACUGUAGUUCCUACUAGAGAAGUUGGAUCUGAUUCAAUUCAUGAAGAAGAAAUUCCAAAGAAGAAAGAAAAAAUUUCUAAUGGAAAAGGGAAAUCGAUUGUUUCUAAGAAAUCUAUAAAGCAAAACAAGCAAAGACUUACUCAACUUGUUAUUGAAGAAGAAUCAAGUGAGCAUACUGAAAGCCUUGAUCGUAAUGAAAAUGAGUCUGCUCUCAACAAUUAA